AUGCCAAGCUUUGCGAGCUGCAAGCCGAUUGACAGGCGCGUUGCAAGGUGCAUCUCCGAUGCUGUCAAUUGGGAUGAGGAUCUGAGACCCAGCAACGAACCAGACGAAGGGCAGGCACGACGUGGAAGCACAGAAGCCACAUCAAUCCCAUCGCCCUCACCUGGUGAGCCCUGCGAUUUUGGUAAAAGUCACAAACCCCAGAGCGCGAAGAGCAUCGCAACCGCGAAGCCGAAGGGCAGGAAACCGUCGACAAGACGUCGCACAAGGACUGCAGUCAAGAAGCCGAGUUUCCGAAGGCGUGGAAAACCUGUGUCUGAUGAUGUGGGCAAAGGAGAGAAGGUUGAGUCUCGGCGAAAGAGGCUAAUAGAGGUCCUCCAACAUGCUUGCAACCAGCGAAUUGACGGCAGCGAUCAUCCUCUAGCCAGUCCGGCGAACAAAAUCUCUCAUGAUGAUAUGUUGAGCCCAGCGAGCACGGAUGAGCAUUGCAACACCCUUUUGCCGGACAAGGAGAACAUUGAUUCGAUUCUAUCUAUCUUUCAGAUGCCGGAACUUGACGAUGGGGAAGGAUUAGAGCUUCGAUACUUCGACCUGCAAGGCGAGAUAAGUGAAUUUCUGCUAGGGUCUAUGCACCGCAGCCAGUCGCUCGAAAACGAGGAGUCGAGACAGAGACAUUUGCCUCAAGGGUCAUUGUUUGUUGAGCUACAUACGGGCGCUACUAUGGCAGACAGCACUACUCAACACAAUGAGAGAGAACAGCCAGAAGAGUCAAUGAGAGUUGACAGUGAAAGUCAUUCAAUCCCCGAACCAAGUAUCACGUUUAUGGAGAAAGACAGAAGCCUAGGAGCUCAGGAGAUAGGGACUGGAACCUCUCCUCACGAAGCUGGACCUCUAGGACAAAACCAUGAGGGAACACCCAGCUCAGCAGGCUUACCGCUAACCGCGACAUCAAGAUACGCUCUAUCCAGAGAACGAAGUACGCCUGAGUCGAGCUUCCAGGAGAGUUCAGGCGCAGAGGCUCCCAGCCUCUCCCAGUUCUCUCCAAAGAAAACUCCUAAGAAUACGAUAGUCGAUACCAACGGAAGUCCCCGUCUCCUUUCGGAGAGACUCAGAGAGUCUUGCGAGGUACAGACUCUCGUUCUUGACGACACGGCAUAUUCACCUGGAUUCUACAAAGACCGCACCACUGUCAGAGUGCCGACAUCCUUUACCAACCGGCUGAGAUUAUGCGCAGGUCAAAAUAACCGGCCGGAAAUAACCGGGCUUAGCCAAAAUGAAACCGUGCAGAAGAUGCUGUUGGAGACUAGCGAGUCCCUCACCCGCCACAUCGAGAGCGAGAACACUACCAUAAGCGAAAUUUUUGAGUCAUUCCGGAAGAACUGCCAUCAGAUGCUUGACCAGCUGUCAGAAGCCCAGGAGGCACGGGUCAGAUUAUGCCAGCAACAGAUGGAAGGCAUUCGGAAACAGCAUGCCAAAAUUUGCGAGGAAUUGGUCCACCGAAUGAGAAGAGACGAGGAGCGGUUUCAGAAGAUCCUCGGCAUCACUUGA